AUGUCAGACCUCGUAGAGUUCGCCCACAAGAAUUUGAAAAACAUCCCAGCUGGUCCCGAUUAUGAUUUGAUGAUCCAGGGAAUUCCCUACAACUGUUUUGCUAAGGAAUUGAUGGAAAGACGUGUUGUAGCCCAUGAACUUGCAAUUGACUACGACACAGUCAGAUUGAAGGACUUUGAUAACGAUAUCGAAAAGCACCAAAACGGGAGGUAUGAAUACUUAUCCAAAAUAUUUGGGAAAAUAGAAAAAGAUGCAUACAUUGAACCACCCUUCUAUGUUGACUAUGGAUGUAACAUUGUCGCCGGAAAGGGAUUCUACUGUAACUUUAACACCACCUUUUUAGAUUGUACCAUCAUCAAGUUCGGUGACGGAGUUUUGGUGGGACCUAAUGUUACCUUUACUACGGCAACCCACCCAGUUGACCCACAGCAAAGAUUAGACGGAGUAGAAAUGGCAUACCCAAUUACCGUUGGUGACAACGUCUGGUUCGGUUCCAAUGCCGUCAUCUUGGCAGGUGUUACCAUUGGAGAUGGUGCUGUUGUAGCUGCUGGUGCCGUGGUUAACAAGGAUGUUCCUGCAUACACCGUGGUUGGUGGUGUUCCAGCGAAGGUGUUGAAGAAAUUAACUCCUCCAGUUAAGAAGGAAGACAAGGAAGACGAGAAAUAG